GCCUCCGUGAUGCCCUUCACUUUGCAGGUGGAAACCUUUCGGCGGAGCUACGCGCGAGCCGUACGCAGACUCCAGGUGCGUCUCACCACGAGCGUGCACUGCAGGUGUGAGCUCGUUGACCACGGGUGAAGCGAAUGGCCGGCGCGAUAGGCGGCUUGUGAGAUCGCGACGGGCGAGCCUUCUGAGCGACAAGCUCCAGGCUUGGUCUUCAGAGUGCUGUACAGGUCCAUGUCCCCGUUAAGGGCCACGCCUGCCGCGGGCGGCGGUGCGCAGCUUCGCGGCUCCACGGUGGCGCUCUUGGUGCUGCUGCUGUGCUGCAUGGAGGAGCUGGCGAGUUGCCAGCGGGCGGGCGGCCGGCGAGAUUCGACAAGGAGGGCCCCCGCAUCGUUGCGCCACAAGAGGCCCCAGGCAAACCCGAUGCCCGCUUCGUUGUACGGGAGCGACGUCCCAGACCUGAACUUGACCUGUGCCAUGGAGAUCGCCUUCCUCAUCGACAGCUCGGAGAGCGCCAAGGGCAGCAACUACAAUUUCGAGCAGAAGUUCGUGCUGGACUUCACGGCGAUGCUGCAGAGGGAGGCCGCCCUCGCUGGCAUCCUCAGCUGGAGGAUCGGACUCCUCCAGUACAGCAGCACGGUGCGCGUGGAGCAGAUGCUGCGGGACUGGCAGGGACCGGACGAUUUCUCCGCCCGGGUGCGCCAGAUGACGUACAUCGGACACGGCACGUACACGGCGUACGCGCUGGGCAACCUCACGGAGCUGUACGACGAGCAGGCACGGGCCGGCUCGGUGCGAGUCGCCGUCCUCGUGACGGACGGCGUCGACCACCCGCGCGGCCCCGACCCGGCGCAGGCGGCGGGGGCGCUGCGCGCGCAGGGCACGCGGCUCUUCGUGCUGGGCCUGAGCAACGUGGCGCGCCAGCCGGACAACGCGGCCCGCCUGCGGCUCAUGGCGAGCGCGCCGGCCACGCGAUACGUGCACGACCUGCGCCACCCGGCCACGCUGGGCACUCUCGUCGCCGAGCUGAACACGCUUGCCGAUGAAGAGUGUCCCAAGCAGCCGGCGUGCCAGUGCGAGAAAGGCGAGCGUGGAGCUGCGGGAAUCCCGGGUAGGAAAGGAAAACCGGGAAGGGAUGGUGCCCAUGGUGAGAGAGGACAAAAGGGCGACGCCGGGGUGCCAGGAACCCGUGGAGCUGAUGGCGCGGAGGGCCGGCCAGGAUUUUCAGGAGAGAAGGGUGACAGGGGUCAGUGCGGAGCCCCCGGCGAGAAGGGAGACAGGGGACCAGACGGGCCGAGUGGCCCAAGGGGACCCGAAGGCCCGAAGGGGCCUCCAGGACCUACAGGUGAACAAGGCCUCGAAGGCAUCCAGGGACCAAAGGGAGAGAGGGGCUUGCCUGGCCCUCCAGGUGUGCAGGGGGAGGCGGGCGUUGGACACCCAGGACCUAAGGGCGACUUUGGUUUCCCAGGCAGAGCCGGACCCGCCGGCCCCGCUGGGAUCGGGGAACCUGGGCUACCGGGUGCACCAGGACCGCAGGGACAGCCGGGCGAGAGAGGCCUCGCAGGGGAAGGUUUGCAGGGCGCCAAGGGUGACCGAGGGAACGAUGGCCCAAGGGGCCCCUUGGGGCCAGCGGGUUCCGGACAGAAGGGUGACAAGGGGGAGCUGGGGUUCCCAGGACCUGCAGGGUCCACGGGGCUGUCAGGAAAAGGUCUUCCAGGGGACAAGGGAGAUCAAGGCCCCAGGGGCUUGCCGGGCCCAAGAGGUCCUCCUGGUGAAGGCAUUCCUGGACCCAAGGGGAUCCAAGGCCUGCGGGGAGACCUGGGACCCUCCGGCAUCGGCCUGGAGGGCCCGCCGGGCCCCAAGGGAGAACUGGGAACUCCCGGCCUCAACGGGUUGCCUGGGCAGCGUGGAGACGAUGGCGCUGACGGGCAAAAGGGAGAGACUGGUUUGCCUGGGCCCCGCGGGCCAGAUGGGCCACCAGGGAUUGGCCUGCAAGGGGAAAAGGGAGACCAUGGCCCAAGGGGACUAAAGGGGUUUCCGGGCAGCCCAGGCCCGGUGGGAGUCACGGGGCCCAAGGGCCAGCCAGGGCUGCCGGGGGUCGUCGGCAUGCCAGGGCCCGCGGGCCACGGCAUCGUGGGCCCAAAGGGCGAGCCCGGCCAUGCUGGGCCUCAGGGGCUCAUAGGUGAGAUCGGGAUUGGCCUGCAGGGACCAAAGGGGGAGAGAGGAUUCCCAGGUCCGAUCGGACCCCAAGGUGGCAAGGGAGAGGGCUACCCAGGCCCCCAGGGCCUGCAGGGCCUGCCGGGACUCAGGGGCGAGCCGGGACUCGAAGGCGUCGGGCUGCCCGGUUCAAAGGGGGACACCGGGAUCCGGGGAUUACCGGGAGGUCGGGGCCCCCCAGGAGAGGGGCAGCCUGGUCCAAAGGGAAACGUCGGCCGGCAGGGCCCACCUGGGCCCCAUGGACCGUCUGGGGAGGGCAUCCAGGGAGCCAAGGGGGAGCAGGGAUUCCAGGGCCUCCCCGGACCACGCGGGCCUCUCGGGGAGGGUAUCCCCGGACCAAAGGGCGACCGAGGUCUGCACGGAGAGAAGGGUCGCAAGGGAGAUGCGGGCAGCUCCGGUGAGAAGGGGUCCCUCGGUGCUAUGGGCAGGGUCGGCCAGAAAGGCGAUCCGGCGCUGACUAGGCAAGAAAUCAUUAAGUUGAUCAAAGAGAUAUGUGGCUGUGGAGUGAAGUGCCGGCAGCGUCCGCUCGAGCUCAUGUUUGUGAUCGACAGCUCCGAGAGCGUGGGCCCCCACAACUUCCAGAUCAUCAAGGAGUUUGUGAGCGCGCUCACUGAGAAGCUGCCCAUUGGACGCAACGCCACCCGGGUGGGCCUGGUGCUGUACAGCCGGGAGGUGCAGUUGGAGUUCGGGCUGGGCCGGCACGCGAGCGCCGCGGAGGUGCGCCGCGCCGUCACCGCCAUGGCCUACCUGGGCGAGGGCACCUACACGGGCACGGCGCUGCAGCGCGCCGUCGCCGAGGGCUUCGCGGGCGCCCGGCACGGCGUGCCCAAGGUGGCCCUGGUGCUGACGGACGGCGAGACGGACCCGCGCGAGCCCUACCCGCUGGGACAGGCGGUGCGCGGGGCGCAGGUGGCGGCCGUCGAGGUGUACGCCAUCGGCAUCGUGAACCGCAGCGACCCGGGCCACGCCGCCUUCGUCGGGGAGCUCAACCUCAUCGCGUCCGACCCGGACGAGGAGCACGUCUACCUCAUCGACGACUUCAACACGCUGCCAGCACUGGAGAUGAAGCUCGUGAGCCAGCUGUGCGAGGAUGAGGACGGCACGCCUUUCUCGCCGGCACCAAAACCUCCCGUGCGGACUCCAGCCCUCCCGGCGACGGCGCACAAUGGCAGGAGCCCGGAGGAGCGCGGGAAACGCAUGCAGGAUCGAAACGGGGAGCCGGGACACUUUGGCAACACCGUCGAGGCGGUCACGGCCACCUCGUUGCUCGUGACCUCCGUGACCCCGGAGUCCUUCCUGCUGACCCGGCGACCCCCGACCCCGGACCACGCACUCAGGUGCCAGGUUCAGUUGGACCAGGGGCCCUGCCGUAAUUUCAUCUCCCGCUGGUACUACAACGGCGACGCCAACGCCUGCGGGAAGUUCUGGUACGGAGGCUGCGAAGGAAACGACAACAACUUCUUGACCUCCGAAGAGUGCCAAAGGACGUGCGUCGGGUCUCAUGCCAAAGGGUUGGGGCCAGAUGGACGGUGAAUGUCAAGCAGCAAUCAAGCAGCCCGUGCCCUCCCCCCCCCCCCCGCCCGCCCGCCCCCCACAGGGGAGGGAAGCGAGGCAGUGAGGCGCCAGCCGUGUCAACGUCUCCCACAACCGGCCCUCGCGUUAAACUGAGCUCGUAAUUCCUGGAUGUCGACGAAAAGAUUUGCGAAGCACGACAGAGCACUCAGGUUUAGUCUCAACGACCACAGCCGUUCGUGUCACUUUUCGAAACGCCGCACAUGUUUUUUGCGCGUGUGCAGGUUUUUACGGAGUGGGGGGGGAGGGGGGUUUACAUGAAAACUAAAAUAACAAUCCUGUGUUUUACUAUCCACCAGAGGACUAUAUAGUAUAUAUAUUGGAUCGUAAAAUGGGCAUUAUUGUCCUUGCUCAGUCGAUGCAAAUAUUAAUUGCGUAAAGGCACUAAAGCAGUAUUUAACCACAUCAUAAUAGCUCCCGACCUCGAAACAGAAUUAUUACAGCUAUAUUUUGAUUUACAGCUUUCGUGACUGCAGGGAUUCAUAUUCUUGGUUCUUUCGGUAAAGUCACGUAGAAGGGAAGCAAUAAAAUAAUAAAAAUAUAAAACAAUAAAAUUCUCACGACGUUUCGACUG